GUGUGAUGGGAGAUUGAAUGAGACUCACUUCUCUAACAAAUCCGUCUUCAUCCUCCCUCCACAGCGGCCAUCGCAGGGCACAAAGACCCCGGGAUUCACGACAGCAUCCAACGACCAACCCCCCCAACACACAUAGAAGAUGUACGCCUGUGCAAAGUUCGUGUCCACGCCGGCGCUGGUCCGUGCUGGAUCCCGGGCUCUUUACCGACCCCUCUCUGCCUCUGUGCUGUCCAGGCCUGAGAUCCAAUCAGAGAGCAAUGUCGCUCUGAUGCAGCAGAGCCCCCUCACCCAGGUCAUCCUGAGGGGCUUCCAGACCAGCGCUGUCAGCAGGGACAUUGACACCGCUGCCAAGUUCAUCGGAGCUGGAGCCGCCACAGUGGGAGUAGCCGGAUCCGGUGCUGGUAUUGGGACAGUGUUCGGCAGUCUCAUCAUUGGCUACGCUAGGAACCCAUCUCUGAAGCAGCAGCUCUUCUCAUAUGCCAUCCUGGGAUUCGCCCUGUCCGAAGCCAUGGGACUCUUCUGCUUGAUGGUCGCUUUCCUUAUCCUGUUUGCAAUGUAAAAAGAAUCUCCUGUCAUGUGACACGCUCAUUACAGAUGUGACUACAUAUUUUAUUGUGGCUACCAAAAUUGUCCCGUGUUGGUGUCAUGGAAAUGUACAUUUUCAAGUCUUUCAGACACUUUCGAAACAAGCAAAACGUGUAUUGUACGAAUGUAAGAAAUUACGUGAUUAAAAUACAUGUAUUUGACUAUUUAAAAGAUGGCAGUAACUUUAAUGUGUGGAAUCUCAGCGCAGAGAGCGGUCGGCUUUCCUGAAUGUCAUCUUUUCUGUGAAGCAGCUCUGUGACAUCAGCCUUGUUUUUCUCACAGCAUCACAUGCAAGCUUUUUAGGGUUCGGCUUAAUGACUUCUUGGUUCAGAUGCAGUUAAAUAGUAAUGUAAUAAGGCAGCAAGUGAGUGCUUGCUUUGUAAAUGGCAUUGAAUAAAUCUAGACAAUUUAAUUAA